AUGCCAAUUCCUCGGACGGGGGCUUCACUGAGCGAACGGGGCACGGAAGAAUUCGCCAGGUUAGAAGAAGGCAGGACGGAGGAAGAAGCCGAAGACGAAGCUAGUAUGUCUGGAAGGACGAGGAAGGGGAAGAAAAGGAAGAGACCCCUGGCCUGGAGAUGCAAAGCCAAACGUAGGAAGCUAAAAGAAAGGAGCUCGGCGUUAGAAUUCAUCGCCCAGAUAGGAGAAGGGAAAAAGGUGCAAAAUAAAAAGAAGAAGAACAGGACGACGACGACGAAGCGCCAUCUAAACUACUACGAGGACAUGCCUGAGACUCAGGCGCUGCGUCAGGAGCUGGACAGGCAAGACAAGGAGCAUCUGUACCUGAAGGACCAACUCAGCAACCGAAAAGUCAGAUACCAACGUCUCCGAGAUCAGCUGGGCGCCACAAAACUAGAGAACAUGGUACUACAGGAUCAAGUUGCUGAGAUGAAAGAAAACGUUCGAAUAGUCAAUGCAGCGGCGGGGGACCUUGAGAAGCAGCUGAACAGGGCGAACUGCAUCGUUACUCAACAGGACGAGGAAAUUGACGUCUUGAAACGUAAACUUCAAGAGAUGAAUUUAAUAAAUAAGAAGAAAUCGAAAAUAUGUGACGAGAAGGGAGACGAAUUCUUCGAAUGCGCGAGACAGAAGGCAAAGCUGGAAGAGCAGGUCGAGGAACUGCAGAGGGAAAACGAGAAGAUGCAGAGGGAAGGACACUCGAGGAUGUGUGAACUAGAGCAGAAGAACCGCCAGCUACACCUCUUGGAAGAAGAGCUGAAGGCGAAGAACGAAGAACUCAAGAGGGAAAUCGAAAAAAACCCUGAGAACUUGGGGCUGGUGGAUGCCCUGGAGGGUCGCCUGCAACGCAUCAUUCGUCAAAAGGACGAAUUGGCCCACCAAGAGGAACAACUAUUUUUGAUGUGUCGUCAUCAAAGGAUGUUGAUAGAAAGAUACAAGCAUGUGAUAGAUCUGCUGUUGGCUUGGCGAGAGAAAGUCAGGAAGAAAUUAGAAGAGGGGGAUUUCAAUCUCGUACUCGCCAACCUUCAUUAG